CGCACAUCUACCUUGCGCACUUCCGCAAUACUGACCUGCCCACAUCCAAUACAACCAUGAAGGAGAAGAUCUUCCGCUACGCCAAUUUCAAUCUCGAUGCUCUUCUUGCCCUUGCCGAAAAGCUUCGGUGCCGGCCGUGCACGUGCGACGUAUCAAAGCCACCUAAAUUCGGGAGCCUGAACUGGGUCAUUUUUGUCUCCUUUGAUGAUGGAAUUGACUGGGUGUUUCGUGCCCCGCGCACCGGUCUGUCCGCAAUUAUGACUAAAGAAUCGGUCUCCAAGAUGCUUGUGAGCGAAGCCUCCACUUUGAAGUAUCUGAGAGCUCAUAGCUCCAUUCCUGUUCCGGAGGUUUACUCUUAUAGUGGUUCCAAGGACAAUGACAUUGGGGUUCCGUAUAUUCUUCAGAGUAAAGCUACUGGUCGUGCUCUAUCUGAAUACGACUGGGCUGAAAAUUCCCGCGGACCACCUGGAUAUAAGGUGCCUUAGCCACUCCUCCCCCUUUCGGAUCAGGAUCGACAGAAUAUCAUAUGUCAGCUUGGGGCUAUUAUGUCCCGUCUAUCAGAGAUUCGGUUCGAAAAGAUGGGCUCAAUCUUUAAAGAUUAUCGCGGUAAAUUUACCAUCGGGGAAUGCCUCUCUCCGUCACUUCCCUAGCAAUAGAGAGACUCGCUUAAAAGAGAAUUAGAUGGGGGUCCCUUCUCCGAAGAAGGCCAGUACUUGAACUCUCUUAUCUCCGCAUUCACUUCUCAUACUCAGGAG